AGUUUAUAAGGCGAGAGCCCCUGAUCUGCAGCGGGAGUGGACCACAACUGGUGCAAUGCAACGUGAGCAACAUAAAGCUGAGACAUGGGAGAAUGGUAAGAUGUCAUCUCAGAUAUAGGAGGGGGCAUUAUACCGAGAUGGGGGGGGGCAUUAUACCAAGAUGGGGGGAGGCAUUAUGCGAGAUGGGGGACGUUAUACCGAGAUGGGGGGGGGGCAUUAUACCGAGAUAGUGAUAAGGUGUACAUUAUUCCAAAAUAUAGGGACAUCAUACAGAGAUAGGGGGGGAUUAUAUAGCUAUAGGGGAGCAUCUGAAUUAGGGUGUCCCUGGGGAGGGAACUCGGAAUUAGGGUGUCCCUGGGGGGCGGCUCUGAAUUAAGUGUCCCUGGGGGAAGGGCUUUGAAUUAGGGUGUACCCGGGGGAGGGCUUUGAAUUAGGGUGUCUCUGAAUUAUGGUGUUCCAGAGAUGUGCUCGGAAUCAGGGUGUCCCUGGUGGGAACUCUGCAUUAGGGUGUCCUUGGGGGGGCUCUGAAUCAGGGUGUCCCUGGGAGGGGGGCGGAGCUGUGCAUUAGGGUGUCCCUGGGAGGGGAGCUCUAAAUAAGGGUGUUCUGGGGGGUGGGCUUUGCAUUAAGGUGUCCCUGCCCCCAUUUAUGACAUUUGUAACUCUUGGGUAAGAAAUUGAAAGAUUAGUUAAAUGAUAGAGAUGAAGAUGAGCUGUUAAAAGAUGGAGAUUUGGAACAGAGCGAGAGGUGGGCUGUGAGGUGUGGUGGCGAUAUUCUUACAGAUAUCUCUUUUACAGGCUGUGAUUCAUGUUAUGUUUGACGUUGUCCCAAAUGUUACCUGGCCUGACACAGUGAAUAUUAAAGCUGAAGUAAUGAGGUAAGAAAUGGGCAGACUGCCUCCACCCAGCCGGGGAUUGUGAGACUGAUUGUCAGACUGCCUCCACCCAGCCGGGGAUUGUGAGACUGAUUGUCAGACUGCAUCCACCCAGCCGGGAAUUGUGAGACUGAUUGUCAGACUGCCUCCACCCAGCUGGGGAUUGUGAGACUGAUUGUCAGACUGCAUCCACCCAGCCGGGGAUUGUGAGGCUGAUUGUCAGACUGCCUCCACCCAGGUGGGGAUUGUGAGACUGAUUGUUAGAUUGCCUCCACACUCUGGGAUUGUGAGACUGAUUGUCAGAUUGCAUCCACCCAGCUGGGGAUUGUGAGACUGAUUGUUAGACUGCCUCCACACUCAGGGAUUGUGAGACUGAUUGUCAGACUGCCUCCACCCAGCCGGGGAUUGUGAGACUGAUUGUCAGACUGCAUCCACCCAGCCGGGAAUUGUGAGACUGAUUGUCAGACUGCCUCCACCCAGCUGGGGAUUGUGAGACUGAUUGUCAGACUGCAUCCACCCAGCCGGGGAUUGUGAGACUGAUUGUCAGACUGCCUCCACCCAGGUGGGGAUUGUGAGACUGAUUGUUAGAUUGCCUCCACACUCUGGGAUUGUGAGACUGAUUGUCAGACUGCCUCCACCCAGCUGGGGAUUGUGAGACUGAUUGUCAGACUGCCUCCACACUCAGGGAUUGUGAGACUGAUUGUCAGACUGCAUCCACCCAGCUGGGGAUUGUGAGACUGAUUGUCAGACUGCCUCCACCCAGCUGGGGAUUGUGAGACUGAUUGUCACACUGCCUCCACCCUGCUGGGGAUUGUGAGACUGAUUGUCAGAAAUGAAUGCAUUGUUAGGAAUGUUUUUUUUUCAUGUAUUUUCUUCUAUUUCAUCUCUUUCAGCAUCAAUGAGACAAACAGCUCUCUGUCUGACAACACAAAGAUUCUGUCAGUUCCUGUGUUACAUCCAAUUAAUGUCAUCUCAAAAGGGUUUGUAUAAACCUCACUGCAUGUGUCUGCUGCGUACCCCCACGCUGCGUGCGUCUGCUGCGUACCCCCACGUUGCGUGCCUCUGCUGCAUACCCCCACGUUGCGUGCCUCUGCUGCGUACCCCCACGUUGCGUGCCUCUGCUGCGUACCCCCACGCUGCGUGCGUCUGCUGCGUACCCCCACGCUGCUGCGUCUGCUGCGUCUGCUGCGUACCCCCACGCUGCUGCGUCUGCUGCGUACCCGCACGCUGACUGCCUCUGCUGCGUACCCCCACGCUGCGUGCGUCUGCUGCGUACCCCCCACGCUGCGUACGUCUGCUGCGUACCCCCACGCUGCGUGUCUGCUGCGUACCCCCCACGCUGCGUACGUCUGCUGCGUACCCCCACGCUGCGUGUCUGCUGCGUACCCCCACGCUGCGUGUCUGCUGCGUACCCCCACGCUGCGUGCGUCUGCUGCGUACCCCCACACUGCGUGUCUGCUAUGCCUAUAUUUAAAGUGUGUAUGUGGUUUGUAUUCCUUACUCUAUUGUAAGUGCCCCAUACUCUAUGCGAAUCCUGUGAGUGUCCUAUACCGUAUGCUACUCCCGUGAGUGUCCUAUACCGUAUGCUACUCCCGUGAGUGUCCUAUACCGUAUGCUACUCCCGUGAGUGUCCUAUAACGUAUGCUACUCCCGUGAGUGUCCUAUACCGUAUGCUACUCCUGUGAGUGUCCUAUAAUGUAUGCUACUCCCGUGAGUUUCCUAUACCGUAUGCUACUCCCGUGAGUGUCCUAUAACGUAUGCUACUCCUGUGAGUGUCCCUUACCAAACACUCCAUACUGUGAUGGAUAUAAUAAAAUGGAAUCACUUUUAAUACGAUUAAAAUAUACGUGUCUUUUGCAGAUUGGACAAGUCCACCAAAUAUUUGAAUUUCAGUGACCCAGACCAGAGCCAUGUUGUGACCCACAUUUACCAGGUGACUUUAUCACAUUAAUCAACAUUUUUAUUUCAC